GCUAGAAGCUUCAAAUCCAUGUAAGGUCCACUCAAAUUUUCCUUUUCCUUUUUCCUGCAUUUUCUCGCCAACCAAACUGAUUAUUUAUAGCAUUCUCUCCUUUUGUUUUCUUUCUCUCGCGAUCUCAAAUCUCUUUUCGUUAUUUAUAUGUUGAAUCUUGAUAAAUUAAACCUCGGGCCCUUCUUCUCUUGAAGCAUUGCAGAAAUCUGAGAUCCAAUUAGGAAAUCGAGAUGGGGUUUUUCGUAACAACUCUAAUUUUUGUAGUGAUCGGAAUAAUCGCGUCGCUCUGUACCAGAAUCUGUUGCAAUAGAGGCCCGUCUGCUAAUUUGUUCCAUUUGACAUUGGUUAUAACAGCAACGGUCUGUUGUUGGAUGAUGUGGGCUAUUGUGUAUCUUGCACAAAUGAAACCACUCAUUGUUCCGAUUCUAAGUGAAGGAGAGUGAAGAUGUUCCUGGAAAAGCAUAGUAGUAGGACGACAUUGAUAAACCAGGAACAUGUAUUGUCCAUUGGUUGCCGGAGAAUGUCCGAGUAAGACUCAUGGAUCAUUCAAUAUUUUCUUAUUUUGGGUCUGCGUGUAACAUUUAUCAGUGUGAACUUUGAAUUGAUUUUAGUUUGGUGGUUCACUUCACCUGUUUUGUUGAUCUCGCAUUCAAAUUUCAUUACAUUGAGCAGUUAUUCUGUCAGACAGCGACAGCAAAAAUAUGUAAUUUGCAUGAAAUAAUUGUUGCAGAAGAGAAUAUUGAUUUUAGUGUCACGAAGAAUUUAAGGAAUAUUAUUAUAUUGUGGUAA